GCCUUCCACGGACAGCCUGUAGCAGCCUCUCUCCCCACUGCUGCGGUGCAAGACAGUGAGACCCACCCACAGGACCACGGAGAGACCAUGAAGAGCCUGCUACUUCUCUCCAUUCUGGCGGCCUUGGCCGUGGCAGCUUUAAGUUAUGAAUCUCAUGAAAGCAUGGAAUCCUAUGAAAUCAGUCCCUUCAUUAACAGGAGACAUGCUAAUACCUUCAUGUCCCCGCAGCAGAGGUGGAGAGCUAAAGCUCAAGAGAGGAUCCGAGAACGAACCAAGCCCCCUUACGAGUUCAACCGGGAAGCCUGUGAUGACCACAAACUUUGCGAACGCUACGCCAUGAUUUAUGGAUACAACGCAGCCUAUAACCGCUAUUUCCGGCAGCUCCGAGGGGGCAAAUGAGAAUGGAAAAAGUCUCCCUCUUUCCAGUGCCUGGUGCCUGGUUUUAUAUUCCCUUGCAGUAGCAUCACUGAACCAUAUAGACAUACACAAAUUGCUUGUUUCUUAAACGUUCUCACCUGACUGCGCCCUUCCUCCCUGUUCCCAGAUUGAUAAACAAUGAAAGCGCAGUGUAGUGGAGGUGGAAGAGGAGUUACGAUGUGGGGUUAUUAACAUAAUAAAA